GGCGGAGUGGUUUGAUGCAAACACAGAACAAAGAGAAAGUUAGGAGAGAAAGCGAAAGAAAGCGAAAGUGGAAGAUGGUGAGGAUUCAAAUGAAGAAACAUAGGGAGACAGAGACGGUGGCCUUCAACUCCGCAUCAAGUCAAACUUAAGCCAAUCACCUCACCCUUCUGGAUUUUUCUGCGGUUGUCAGUUUCAUAGGGAUCCGUGAAUCGGAUGAUAUUUCCGAUCCUCGGCGAUCGGAGAUGCUGCUCUGUGGAGGUCGCGGUGGUUGUUGGUGGUGGUGAUGGUGGAGGAGGAGGAGGGGAGGAGGAGAGGAGGAGGAGGACUGGUGUAGUGGUGGAGGAGGAGGACAAUGAAGAAGGGAAAGGGAAGGAACAAUGGCUUGUUGCCGAAUUCGUUGAGGAUAAUUUCGUCUUGCCUCAAGACUGUGUCCGCGAAUGCUAGCAACGUCGCUUCCACUGUUCGUUCUGCCGGCGCGUCUGUCGCUGCUUCCAUCUCCACUUCUGAAGAUCACAAAGACCAGGUAACAUGGGCUGGCUUUGACCGCUUGGAGCUUGGUCCAUCCGUCUUCAAAAAUGUUCUUUUGCUUGGCUAUCAGAAUGGAUUUCAAGUCCUUGAUGUGGAUGAUGCCUCUAAUUUUUCUGAAUUGGUUUCAAAGCGUGAUGGCCCAGUUUCAUUCUUACAGUUUCAGCCAUUUCCUCAGGAUUCUAAUGGUCAGGAGGGAUAUAAAACAUCGUUCCCUAUGCUCUUGGUUGUAUCUGGUGAUGAUACCAAUACUCCAGUCUUUAGUCCAAAUCCUGGUAAUCUUGGUGCAUUAGCCCGAGAUGGGCGUACAGAGUCACAUUCAGGAAACUCUAUCAAUUCUCCUACAGCAGUCAGGUUUUAUUCCUUAAGGUCACAUUGCUAUGUGCAUGUUCUGAGGUUCCGAUCAUCUGUGUGCAUGGUUAGAUGCAGUUCGCGCAUUAUAGCAGUGGGUCUUUCUACACAAAUAUACUGCUUUGAUGCUCUUACACUUGAGAAUAAGUUCAGUGUUCUCACCUAUCCUGUUCCCCAGUUAGCAGGACACGGUGGGGUGGGUGUUAAUGUCGGCUAUGGUCCAAUGGCUGUAGGUCCAAGGUGGCUAGCUUAUGCUUCCAAUAGUCCUUUUGUGUCUAACACAGGUCGCUUAAGCCCACAAAACCUCACCCUUUCACCUGGUGUUAGUCCAUCAACAUCACCAGGUGGCAGUAGUUUGGUUGCUCGGUAUGCCAUGGAAUCUAGUAAGCAGUUGGCAGCUGGAUUGCUCAACCUGGGGGACAUGGGAUAUAAGACUUUAUCCAAGUGCUGUCAAGAGCUGCUUCCUGAUGGGUCUAAUUCACCAGUAUCACCAAAUUCAGUUUGGAAAGUUGGUAGGCCAGCAGGAACGGAUAUGGACAAUGCAGGAAUGGUUGUCAUAAAGGAUUUUGUUUCCCGGGCUGUUAUAUCGCAAUUUAAAGCUCAUUCAAGUGCAAUAUCUGCAUUGUGUUUUGACCCUAGCGGAACCCUUCUUGUUACUGCUUCCAUUUAUGGCAAUAACAUCAAUAUCUUCCGGAUUAUGCCAUCUUGCAAGCGCACUGGAUCUGGUGUUCAGAACUAUGACUGGACUUCAUCUCAUGUGCAUCUUUACAAGCUACAUCGAGGAAUAACUUCAGCUAUGAUCCAAGACAUUUGCUUUAGUAAUUAUAGUCAGUGGGUUGCCAUUGUUUCCUCCAAGGGGACUUGCCAUAUUUUUAUUCUAUCCCCAUUUGGCGGUGAUGCUGGGUUUCAAACAUUUAAUAAUUCUGAUGGAGAAGAGCCUUCUCUAUUUCCAGUUUUAACUCUACCAUGGUGGUCUACUUCAUCUUGUGUCAUUAAUCAGCAAUCUUUUGCACCUCCACCACCUGUUACCCUUUCUGUGGUCAGCAGGAUCAAGUACAGUAGUUUUGGAUGGCUCAACACAGUAAGCAGCACUGCUGGUUCUGCAACGGGAAAGGUUUUUGUCCCUUCUGGUGCUGUUGCUUCUGUUUUUCAUAAUUCUAUUUCACAGAGUCUUGAGCACGCUAGCUCAAGAACAAACUCCUUGGAGCAUCUGCUUGUUUUUACUCCAUCAGGUCACGUUGUUCAACAUGAACUCCUUCCAUCUAUUGGUGUAGAGCCAGGAGAUAAUGGUUCAAGAACUCGGUCUGCUUCAUUUGUACAUGUUCAAGAAGAUGACUUAAGGGUUAAAGUUGAACCUGUCCAAUGGUGGGAUGUGUGUAGAAGGUCUGACUGGCCAGAAAGAGAGGAAUGUAUUUCUCAGACAAAGUCUGGGAGACAAGAUGCUGCCGGAGUAAUUCAAAAUACAUCCGGUUGUGAGGAUACUUUGGGAAUGGAUUUUCUGGAAAUUAAUCAUGGUGUGGGUGGACAGAGGACUUCAAAAAUGUUUUCUGUGAAGUCCCAUGAGAGAUCUCACUGGUAUCUGUCUAAUGCAGAGGUGCAAGUGAACUCUGGGAGGUUACCAAUAUGGCUGAAGUCAAAGAUUUCUUUCUACAUGAUGAACUCUCCAAGAGUUGAUAUUCUAGCUAAAGGAGAGUUUGAAAUUGAAAAGAUCCCUGUCCAUGAAGUUGAAAUCAGACACAAGGAAUUAUUGCCUGUUUUUGACCAUUUCCACAGUAUCAAAUCUAGUUGGAAUGACAGAUGUUUCUCUGUGGUAAAACAUCCUCAUUCUCUGGAGUCUCAUCAAGGUGAAUACAAGGCCACACAGGAGACUAUUACUUGUCACUCAAAACCAGCUUCGCUUAGCUCCACUGAAAGUUCUGAAGGAGGUUCAUCAAGGAGAAUGGAUAAUUUUCUUGAUUGGGAUCAGAUGAAUUAUGAGAAGUCUUAUCAACCAAUUUGUCAGAUUCUGAAUGAAAUUUCCUUGGUAAAAAAUGGGAGCAACUUUGUUGAGCCCUCCUUUAUGAAUCAAGAAUCCUUAAUUGUUAAAUCCUCUCAGUUUCAACUUUCUGAGAAUAUAAAUUCUAAUGCUGGGGAAUCCAUUAGAAAUGGUUUGCAAUCUCUGGAGAGCAAGUCACCUCCUCUAGGAGGCAUGGCUGAAGGAGCACUGUCCUCUGAUGUUGAUGAUCUUCAAAUGUUGAGCACUAACCAUUUUGAUUCAGAUAGGAACACUACAGUGGAGGCUUCAGCAGCACAGAAUUUGGUUGAUUUUGGGCUUUUGCGGGAGGAGCACUAUGAAGUAGUGUGUGAGAAUGAAUGCAGCAAGUUGGCUGAAGUUGUAAACGAUGAUGUUGAGAGCAGCUGUAGCCCCUCUGAGAGGGAAAAACUAGAGGAGGAUGGAGAAACUGAUGAAAUGCUUGGUGGAAUAUUUGCCUUUUCUGAAGAAGGUUGAUCGGUGAAAGGAGCCAGAUUCAUGAUGUGCAUUAAUAAUGUCGUGAAAAUCUCGGUUCAAAGUCAUAACAAGUAGCAAUUCUAUCUCUGAUUAUAUUGAAGUGUAUUGCAGAUUGUGAAUAAAAGGGCGUUUGCAAGACUGUAAUUAUGGUUCGAUUGUUGUUGCAGGUCUGUGCAGCAGCCAUCUUCUCUUGUACAUUUUGUAUAUAUAUCCGAAAUGUGAAAGGAUUAACAAGUUAUGGUAGAAACUAGGUUUGGUUUUUGUUCCCUAUCUUCUAUCAAGCUGUCCUAUGUACAGAUUUGUGUUUAAAAACUCCCAUCUUUUCUGCUGAGAAGAGGGAAUAUAAGAAAUGAAAAAGCAGGUA